AACCAGGCAGAGGGGGAGUCAAUCAGCAACUACACCACUGCCCUCAGACAGGCUGCAAUGCACUGCGAGUUCCGAGACUUAGACGAUGCCCUGAUGGACAUCCAUCUGCAACGGCGUCUCCUCGCCAAGCCAGACCUCACGCUACAGAAAGCCAUUGAGGAGGCUGUGGCCUCAGAAGCUGCUGAACGCUCCGCCCAGGAGAUCCGCAAGUCCAGCAGCCCGCGUCUUGCUAGGAAGCCAGUUCCAGUGCAUCAUGAAGAGGCCAGCAGUGAUGAGGCAUCCUCCAGUGAAGACGAUGACGUGCACCAGACAAAGCGGGAGCGCAGGAAGUUCCAACAGAAGUCCAAGGGCCAACCGGCAUGUGCCGGCUGCGGAGGCAACCAUUCCCGUGCCAAGUGUCGAUUCAGAGACGCCAUCUGUCGGAAGUGUUCCAGAAGGGGCCACAUCACUAAGGUCUGCCAAUCGGCUCCGUCUGACACCCCCCUUCACCGACUC